AUGGGUGGAGCUCCUGAUUUCCAAAUAGUUCUAGCAGGGAAACCUGUUGGUUCGAAAUUGGCUUGCAUUCAAUCUGACUACUACUUUGACAUGGAGUAUUGUGUGGAGUAUUCAACAUUUAGAACCUUGCAUAAUAAUAAAUCUUUCAAGAGCCCUGAUUUACCAUUAGCUAGUUGCAGCGGAAAUGUCCCUGCAAUAGCCAGUACAAACUCACAUCAUGAAAGUAGCAAAGCAGAGUUGGCAUUGCUUGAUCUUUAUUCAGGCUGUGGUGGAAUGUCAACUGGAUUGUGCCUGGGUGCCAAAGUUUCUGGAGUUGAUUUAGUGACGAGAUGGUCUGUUGACAGUGAUGAAGCUGCAUGUGAAAGCUUGAAAUUAAAUCAUCCUGAGACUCAUGUCAGGAAUGAUUCGGCAGAGGAUUUCCUCCAACUACUGAAAGAAUGGGAAAAGCUAUGCAAAAGAUAUAUCACUUGGGACAUGAAAGGAAGAAUUCAAUCAAGAUCAAUGGCCUCCAAGAAGGCCAUAGAUGCUGAUAGCAAUGAUGAGUUAGCUCCUGGUGAAUUUGAAGUUGGGAAGCUGGUAGAUAUACAUUAUGGUAGUUCAAAUAAAAAAGGAAAGCGUGGUCUAAAAUUUAAGGUGCACUGGAAAGGUUACAGUGAUAGGGAAGAUACUUGGGAACCAAUUGACGAGUUAAGUAAUUGCCAAGAGCUGAUAUGUGACUUUGUUAGAGAGGGAUUCAGGUCCAAGAUCUUGCCACUUCCAGGUGACGUUGAUGUUAUUUGUGGCGGCCCUCCUUGCCAGGGUAUUAGUGGUUACAAUCGUUAUAGAAGUUUUGAUUGUCCUUGGGAUGAUGAAAGAAAUCGACAAAUUGGAGUCUUCAUGGACAUAGUAGAAUUCUUGAAACCAAAGUUUGUAUUGAUGGAAAAUGUGGUUGAUAUCUUGAGAUUUGAUAAGGCCUCUCUUGCAAGAUACGCUUUAAGUCGUUUGGUACAUAUGAAGUACCAAGCAAGACUUGGUAUUAUGGCAGCUGGUUGUUACGGUCUUCCACAGUUCCGUAUGCGUGUUUUCGUAUGGGGAGCUCAUCCUAGUGAGAAACUGCCUCAAUUCCCACUUCCUACACAUGAUGUUAUUGUCAAAUUAUGGCCUCCACCUGAGUUUGAGCGAAAUACUGUUGCUUAUGAUGAAGGCCAAGCUCUUGAACUAGAAAAAGCUGUUGUUCUUCAAGACGCCAUUUCUGAUCUUCCAGCUGUCUCAAACCAAGAGAGUCGUGAAAAGAUGUCAUAUGACAAGCUUCCAGAAACGGAGUUUCAAAGAUAUAUAAGAUCAACUAAAUAUGGUAAUAUAUUUUUCAGUUGCAAUGUGUAACAGCUAUUAUACCUACUUCCCUCUUUUUCUUUUUUUUGUCAACAAAAUCUUCUUUUCCUAUCGGUAUAUUCAUAUAUAAGUGCAUAUAUUUUGUUAUCAUAAAGGGUCACAAUUGGAAGAUUAGUCACAGAACAGAAAAAUAAAAUAGAAGUAAUCAAAAAGUAUACAAGCA